GGCAACUUCGUUGAACGGCACACGUGCAUUUUUGUUUUAGUUUGCACGUUGAAAAAUGAAGCUGGCUACGAAAAAAGUAAAGACCCUUGGCAAAUCCAAGCCUGAAUUAAACAAAAAGAAGCUCGCCAAGGAUGCCUCCAGGAAGACGAAACCCCCAAAAUCCUCUGCAUCGAAAGUUAUCUCUAAAAACCCGAAGCAGAAAGUCGCCGACCCAGUUAACAAUGAGAAGCCCACAAAAAAGAGAACCAAGAGAUCCCACAAAGAGCAGCUCGAAGGGCUAAAAGAUAUAGACCCAGAGUUCUACGAUUUCUUGAAAAAGAAUGAUAAAAAGCUACUGGACUUUAAUCUACUGGACACAGAUGAUGAUGAUGAAGAGGGGGAGGUAGACAAUGAAAACACAGCGACAAAGAAAAAUAAAGACGAGGAUGAUAACGAGCAGUACCAUAAACCCACCGAAGAUUUGGAGGUGGCCAGCGAUGAAAGUGACUUUGAGAACGAGGAAGAUGAUGAUGCGGCAGCUGGAAGCAUCCAAAAGAUCACCCUCAACCUGUUGCAUCAGUGGGAACAGCAAUUGGGCCAGGCUAACGUAUCCAUUGACAUUGUCCGCAAGGUUAUCCAGGCUUUCAAUUCAGCCCUGGCCAGUAUCUCUGCCGACGGAGUAGACGGAGGAGAGAACCAGCCUAAUGCUGCCGCAUUUAAGGUAGUGGGGGCAGCUGCAUUUAAUGGAGUAAUUCAGCUCUGCGUAAUCCACCUGCAGCCUGCCAUUAUUCGAUUGCUGGGUGUUAGACCCAACAGCAGCCUACCGCUGCACAAGCACAAAAAGUGGGUUAAGGUGCGCGGCUGUUUGCGCUACUACCUCACGGAUUUGAUUCGUCUGGUGGAGCAGGUGUCUAGUCCAAAUAUCUUGGGCGUGUUGCUGAAGCAUCUGCAUCAAAUGUCCGGCAUGGUGGUCCCAUUUUCGGCACUUGGAAAGACCAUAUUAAAGCACCUGGUUGUCUUAUGGUCCACUGGAGAUGAAACAGUUCGAGUUCUGGCCUUCCUCUGCAUUUUAAAGAUAACGAGGAAACAGCAGGCGACUAUGCUGAACCACGUUCUAAAAGCCAUGUACCUGGCCUACGUGCGCAAUUCGAAGUUCGUGUCUCCAAACACUUUGCCAGGAAUCAACUUUAUGCGCCGCUCGCUGGUGGAAAUGUUUGCAUUGGAUUUAAACGUCAGUUAUCAACAUGCCUUUCUCUACAUCCGUCAGUUGGCCAUUCACCUGCGAAACGCAGUGAUCCUUAAGAAAAAGGACAGUUUUCAAACGGUUUACAACUGGCAAUUCAUUAACUCGUUGCGCUUGUGGGCGGAUCUCCUGGGCGCAAGUGCGAAUAAACCACAGCUGCAGCCUCUGAUUUACCCCCUUGUUACCAUUGCCACCGGAGUGAUUCGGCUGAUACCCACCGCUCAGUACUUCCCAUUGCGAUUCCACUGUCUUCAGACCCUAAUUUCUCUGUCCAAAGAGACGAACACAUAUGUGCCGGUGCUUCCACUCAUUGUGGAGGUAUUAAAGAGCAACACCUUUAACUGCAAGCACUCGGCGGUAUCCAUGAAGCCACUGCAGUUUACCUGCGUCCUUAGACUUAACAAAGGACAGUUGGCGGAAAAUGGCUUCCGUGACGAAGUAAUCGAGCAAGUGUUUGGGCUUCUGUUGGAAUAUCUCGCUCACGAGUCCGCCUCACUGGCCUUUAGCGAUUUGGUGGUGCCCACUGUCAUGGCCAUCAAAACGUACCUUAAAGAUUGCAGGAAUGCCAAUUAUGCUCGGAAACUUAAACAGCUUCUUGAGAAGAUUCAGGAAAGCGGCCGCUUCAUAGAGCAGCAACGUGGUAAGAGUAGCGUCAGCUUUGACAUAAAGGAUGCACAGGCGGUCGUCGCUUGGGAGCAGCAGCUCCAUCUUAAGCGCACUCCACUGGACGUCUACUAUGCCAGCUGGCUGAAGACACACGAGACCAAGAAGCGACGACAGGCGGCGCAAACGGAUGAAAUUAAUGCGGACUAUGAUGUGCCCAAGCUUAAGAAACUACCGGCCAAAACCGGAGUACCUGUGAGGAAUGAAAACGGCGAGGUAGAACUCUUCCCCUCGGACUCGGAAGAUGAUGACAAUGAUGGCCUACAUUUGGGAUCAGAUGAUGAUGACGAUGAGGAUGUACAGAAUGAGGGGGAGGUAGAAGUUGAGCAGCCUAAAGCCAAAAAGAAGAAGAAGGAGAUGCCCGAAAAACAGAAAUUGCGGCUAGCAACUGUGGACGAUGAAUACGAUGAGGCGGGUGGAGCCGUGGAUAUUGUUAAAGACUUAGAUUUGAACGAAUGGUAGAACAUUUAAGAUCAAUUUAACUAUAUUUACACAUUAAAUUAACAAAAAAAUAAUAGUUAUUUCUCCGGCGGCUCCUUGCCAGGAAUAAACUCAUACUCCUUGUA